UCUCCUACCACCAACCGACACCAUCACUCCACUGUACUGCCCCUCACUCUCUCUCUCUCUGGUACCCUUUUGUCUUGCUUCCCACCCACUCCAAUCAUCCCAAUCCAAAACUACCAUCACCCUACCAAUAAUCACCAAGCCCAAAAACAACAAAUCUACCCCACCUUGAUUCAAAUCAUCACAAACCCACCUCAACUCCCUCAAAUCCAGACUAUCCGCUCUAAAAAUAAAAUAAAAUGGAUUAUCAUCAUCAUCAACCAGAACAACCACCAUCACCACCAACUCACAACCGCCACAACAACAUCACCACUGUCACACCCCGAACCGUCCUCUUAGGAAAGUACGAGAUGGGUCGACUCUUAGGCCAAGGCACCUUCGCCAAAGUCUACUACUGCAAACACCUCACAACCUCCGAGAGCGUCGCCAUUAAAAUCAUCCACAAAGACCAAGUCAAGAAAGAAGGCUUAAUGGUUCAGAUCAAGCGAGAGAUCUCCGUGAUGCGCUUGGUUCGCCACCCAAACGUCGUCGAAUUAAAGGAAGUCAUGGCUACAAAGCAAAAAAUCUUCUUCGUAAUGGAGUACAUCAAAGGCGGCGAACUCUUCGCCAAAAUCUCCAAAGGGAAACUCAACGAAGACUCAGCGAGAAAGUACUUUCAACAGCUGAUCAGCGCCGUCGAUUUUUGUCACAGCCGGGGCGUUUCUCAUCGAGAUCUGAAGCCUGAGAAUCUUCUUCUCGAUGAGAAUGGUGAUUUGAAGGUCUCGGAUUUUGGGUUAUCGGCUUUGCCGGAGCAAUUGUGGAACGAUGGACUCCUUCAUACCCAGUGUGGAACUCCGGCUUAUGUUGCUCCGGAGAUUCUCAGGAAAAAAGGGUAUGAUGGUGCGAAAGCUGAUCUAUGGUCUUGUGGUGUCAUUUUGUAUGUUUUGCUUGCUGGGUUUCUUCCAUUUCAGGAUGAAAAUGUGAUGAAGAUGUAUAGAAAGGUUUUCAAGGCCGAAUUCGAGUUUCCACCAUGGUUUUCAACCGAAUCGAAGCGAUUGAUUUCGAAGCUCUUAGUGGCCGAUCCCGAAAAGCGAAUCUCAAUCUCUGCUAUAAUGCGAGUCCCUUGGUUUCAAAAGGGGUUCACAAGACCAAUCGCUUUCUCAAUUCCAGAACAAUUGAUUGAUGAGAAAGAACAAGAAAAAGAAGAAACAAUUGUGAUGAAAACGAGCAAGCAAGAGAUAGAGAUGGUGAGAUCGAAGCGUUCGCCGCCAUUCUACAAUGCAUUCGAGUUCAUAUCAUCGAUGUCAUCUGGGUUCGACCUGUCGAGCUUGUUUGAGAGCAAAAGAAGAUAUGGGUCGAUGUUUACAUCAAAAAGCUCAGCGUCGGCGAUCAUGGCGAAGCUGGAAUCGGUGGCGAGGAAGUUGAAUUUCAAGGUGGUGGGAGCGAAGGAGUAUAAGGUGAGAAUGGAAGGGGCGGUGGAGGGGAGGAAAGGGAAGUUGGGAGUGACGGCGGAGGUAUAUGAGGUGGCGCCGGAGGUGGCGGUGGUGGAGUUCUCGAAGUCCGCCGGAGAUACGUUGGAGUACAAGAAGUUUUGUGAAGAGGAUGUGAGGCCGGCGCUGGAAGACAUUGUUUGGAGUUGGCAAGGUGAAGAAACCAAACACUGAACAAUAAUAUCAACCAGGUGGGCCAUGGGAGGACUAGUUGGUGUUCAUUAAAAAAAAAAAAAAAAAAAAAAAAAAAAACCUUCCCA